UACAAACCGAGGAUUGUUUGGUCUCAGUCAGACUGGAAGGACUGCACACGAACACUGGUGACCGAUCACCUGAAUUCAUCUCAUCACUUUUGCGGACACCAUGGGCGCUCGGCAGUCCGUCAUUCAUAUUACGAACAAGACUGAGGGCUACACCCUUCAAAACCCCAGUCUGCAUCUUGUUAGCGGACUCUGCCAAAUCCCUUUGCCAACAAAACUUGGGCCUUCUGAAUGUGGCAGCGCUCUGUUCUCUAAGACUGGCGGCACAGCGCGAGGAUCUGUUGGAGUCUUCACCUACGAUCUCUACGAUACAGCUGCAGACAGAGCUGAUAAGAAAAUAGCCGUCCUGUUCUCGGUUCCUUUUGACUACGGCCUGUACUCUAACUGGUGCGCCGUCGGAGUCUUUGACGGGGAAACAAACAGUGAUAGUGCUCUUUAUCAUAAGAUGUAUCGCACUCCUGAGAGAGGGUUUGUCAGAGGAAAAGCUGAUGGCUAUGAUCUGACUCACACAGAUAUUAAUGUCACCAUUAAAUCCAGCAUGACAAACUUCAGCGUUGCAACGCUGAAAGUUGAAGUACACAAUAAAGUAAUUGAAUAAAAAAUAAAGUAAUUAUGCAAAUAUGA